AUGCAAGGCCUUUAUCGUAUUGUUGCUCUAUGUGAUGCCUCCGCGGAGGCCGCUAGUCGCGCCAAGGGGGCUUUUCUCGCCACCAGGAUGCAUGUCAUGUCUGCAGUAGCCAGGCGCUGGUGGGCUGCCAGAGCUGUAGUCUGCAGCUUUCAAAGAGUGCCGCAGGAACUGUAUGGUUUGCGACAGCACCAGGAGGAGCUGAGGAGGGAAGUGCGUGGGUGGAGGCAGCAGGUGGUGCAAGACAAGGAGGAAGGAGAACAAGGAAUGGAUGCAAUACGGAGGGAGGUGCAGGUGGUGAGGGAGGAGAGGGCACGGGAGGUAUUGAAGCUGGUGGAGAAGGUGGAUGAGAUGAGUCAGCAAUGGAGCCAGAAUCUGGACGAUCAGAUGAGCGGAUUGAGAGUUGUGCUAGAAGCAACGAGGAGGGACGUGAGAGUGGCACGGGAGGAAGGGGCUGAUGAGAUGAGGAGGGUUUUGGGGAAGGCUGAAGAGGUGAGGCAGCAGUGGGGAAGGGGAUUGGAUGAUGAUGUGGGGAAGUUGGUGGGGAGGAUGGAAGAGAUGCAGCAAAGGAUGGAGCAACGGUGGAGGGAGGAGUUCAAACAUGAAGUUCUCACCGCCUCUCUGAAAGAGGAGCUGGGAAGAACAAGGAGAGAGAUGCUGACGGCAAAGGAGGAAAGGGCAUGGGAAAUGCGAGAGGUGAUGGGGAAAAUGGAAGAGUUGAAGCAUUCAAUGAUACUAGAGUUGAGGCAUGAGAAGGAGCAGGUGGAGAAGGCGAGGAGGGAGAAGGAGCAGGCUGAGAAGGCGAGGAGGGAGAAGGAGCAGGCUGAGAAGGCGAGGAGGGAGAAGGAGCAGGCUGAGAAGGCGAGGAGGGAGAAGGAGCAGGCUGAGAAGGCGAGGAGGGAGAAGGAGCAGGCUGAGAAGGCGAGGAGGGAGGAGGAGCAGGCUGAGAAGGCGAGGAGGGAGGAGGAGCAGGCUGAGAAGGCGAGGAGGGAGGAGGAGCAGGCUGAGAAGGCGAGGAGGGAGGAGGAGCAGGCUGAGAAGGCGAGGAGGGAGAAGGAGCAGGCUGAGAAGGCGAGGAGGGAGGAGGAGCAGGCUGAGAAGGCGAGGAGGGAGAAGGAGCAGGCUGAGAAGGCGAGGAGGGAGAAGGAGCAGGCUGAGAAGGCGAGGAGGGAGAUGGAGCAGGCUGAGAAGGCGAGGAGGGAGAUGGAGCAGGCUGAGAAGGCGAGGAGGGAGAUGGAGCAGGCUGAGAAGGCGAGGAGGGAGAUGGAGCAGGCUGAGAAGGCGAGGAGGGAGAAGGAGCAGGCUGAGAAGGCGAGGAGGGAGAAGGAGCAGGCUGAGAAGGCGAGGAGGGAGAAGGAGCAGGCUGAGAAGGCGAGGAGGGAGGAGGAGCAGGCUGAGAAGGCGAGGAUGGAGAAGGAGCAGGCUGAGAAGGCGAGGAGGGAGAAGGAGCAGGCUGAGAAGGCGAGGAGGGAGGAGGAGCAGGCUGAGAAGGCGAGGAGGGAGAAGGAGCAGGCUGAGAAGGCGAGGAGGGAGAAGGAGCAGGCUGAGAAGGCGAGGAGGGAGGAGGAGCAGGCUGAGAAGGCGAGGAGGGAGAAGGAGCAGGCUGAGAAGGCGAGGAGGGAGGAGGAGCAGGCUGAGAAGGCGAGGAGGGAGGAGGAGCAGGCUGAGAAGGCGAGGAGGGAGAAGGAGCAGGCUGAGAAGGCGAGGAGGGAGAAGGAGCAGGCUGAGAAGGCGAGGAGGGAGAAGGAGCAGGCUGAGAAGGCGAGGAGGGAGAAGGAGCAGGCUGAGAAGGCGAGGAGGGAGGAGGAGCAGGCUGAGAAGGCGAGGAGGGAGAAGGAGCAGGCUGAGAAGGCGAGGAGGGAGGAGGAGCAGGCUGAGAAGGCGAGGAGGGAGAAGGAGCAAUGGCCACAGCUAAGAUCAAAGCAGCUGCGGGAUUGCAUUCAAUACUACUUUCCAGAGCUGCUAGAGGAGGAGGACGAUGACUCUGAGCUAAUGGCAGAGGAAUGUCAGAGAAGGUUGGAAAAGUGGCAGCUGGCAGAGGAAUUUGAACACGUCUUUGAGCGAGCGCAGGGAAAGAGGGCAGAGAAGGUGGAGAAGGCAAGGGAGCGUAGGCGGGUGGAGUUUAGGCAGAAGGACUGGAAGCAGAGAAAGGAGAGAGAAGUGGCUAUUGAUAGGAAGAGGGAGAGGUUGCAGAGAAUGGAGAUUAUGACCGGAGAAGUGGAGGAGAAAAAGGUCGUGACGGGUGAGGAGGAGAGCUUAGAGGACGAAAAGAUUGAUGGCGGUAAGGAUGAUGGUGAGGAAAAGGAAUGUCCAACAGUCAGAUUAGAAAGGGAAAAGAGGGUGAGGAGGAGGAGGGGAAGAGGAGCACCAUGGGAAGAAAUGACAACCUUGACACAACACAACUAG